AUGUCUAAAUCCUUUCCAUCGGGUGAAGUGCCCAUGUCCCACGAUACGCAAUCACAUUAUGUCCGCACACAGGAUUACACCCCCGGCCCCAAAUACCCUCCCAAUGCCGGUAUGAAUCCAGCAUUAGGCUACUUCGGCCUUGGUCAGUUUGAAGAUGACAACGACACGGUUGUGGUUGACAACAAGAUCUUCAGCCGAGCAACACACCAAUUUGCAGACGGCGAUUUUAUCUGCCCUGAAUUCUUCAACCUCGCCUCUCUCGAUGGGUUCACUCGUCGCUUCAAACAUUCGCAGUGGAGCUAUGAGAUGCGCCGGGCGCCUCAGCCCAUCCUUCCCUUCUUAUCACUGGGGCCGUAUUCAAGUCUACGGGACCUGGAGCUACUCCGCAGCCAGGGCUUCACACUUCUUCUGGCAAUCCGCAAUCGUCAAUCCGCUCAAGCACGGCUCGUUUCCGGUGACAAGGCCGCCAGUCAACUCGGCAUACAGGCUGAUACGAUCGACGUUCUUGAUAAUCAAGAGUUGAUUUCCGCGUUCCCUCGAGCAAUCCGCCGAAUCAAUGAUCAUCUCGCGGGGGUGGACGAUAGCAGCCACUCUAACUUGGGCUCUCCGAUAGCUGACCACUCGCUACCCAAGAGAAAGGUCCUUGUCUUCUGUGAAUCAGGAAAUGAACGUUCGGCUGCUGUGGCCAUUGCAUAUAUCAUGGUCAUGCUUAACCUGGAUGCCGUCCGCGCCACCCAUGCAGUCCAGCAGCACCGAUUCUGUGUCUCCAUUGAAGAUCCCAUGAAACGCAUUCUCGCUUCCUUCGAGUCCAUUCUGAUGGCCAAACGUGACGUCGAAAGUGCUAAGCAUGCCAACAUGCAAAGUGGAGCAGCAACUCUUGCGCCUCCUCCUGUCCCGCCUGUGCUACUGGCAAAGAAACGUAGCUUUGCUGAUCGACAGGAACACGGUACCGACAUGGCUGAUUCUGACAUGGACAUCGAUGACGAGGGCCAUUCAUCCAUGGAUCGAAUGCCUCGUGCACCGUUCCAAGAUCGAGUCGCUUAG